CAAAAACCGCAUAAUUCGUCUUUUCAAACAAUUUCUCUAAUGAAUUUCUCAAAUAAAGCCUCAUAAACCCCGAAAUUCCCCAAAAAUGGAGACAACAUGCGUCGGCUGCAACACAAAAAGCUACGGCAUGAUCGGAAUCUACAAACAUCCGAAGAAACUUGAUGAAAUGUUCACCGAAUUGAGCGGCUUUGAGGUAUUGACUGACGAUUAUUUGUGCAUCCAAUGUUACGAAGACCUAAAAACUUCCUUAGAUUUCAAGAGAAAAAUCGAAAAUUGUUGUCGAGGCUCACGAAAACGCAUUAUUAACAUUCCUCAUGAUGAUCCUUUAAUAGAACAAAUUGACACGGGAGGCGAAUAUGAGGUUCUGAUCUCAUCGACAUCAACAGAACAAAAUGUUUUAGUGCCGCAAUCGACUGUUGCAACGACAAAAAACGAGAAAAAGAGCCCAAAAGUAACAAAAAUUGGCGAAAGAAAGAGUCUGAGAAAAUCCGCAGAGAAAAAAUCCAACGAAACUCCGAAAGAAAUCGAAUUAAUUCUCAGUUGCGAGGAUUUUGAAGCUGAAGAACCUUCUUUUAAGUUAUUUGACAGCGCGGGAGACGUCGUCGAAGAAACAGAAGUUUCAGAUUUUGUCGACGAAGAACCCGAAAAUGACGAAUCAUCAACGUCGAAAGACAAAAAAGUCAUUAAAAACCACAAAUGUCAAUAUUGUUCGAAGCUUUUCCGCUCAAAACAGGCUUUGGAAGGACAUCAUCGAAGUCAUACGGGCUCCAAACCCUUCAUUUGCGAAUAUUGUCAAAAGGGAUUUGCUGAAAUGGGCAAUUUACGGCAACAUGUGAACUCGAUUCACUUGAACCAACGCAAAUAUUCGUGCGAAAAGUGCAAAAAAACGUUUAAAACGCAUUAUUCGCAUAAAGUUCACACGCGUUCCUGCAUCACAAAAGAAAAACCUUACAAAUGUCAGUAUUGCGAAAAAGGCUUUUACUCUUCGGGGAAGCUGCAACUUCAUACGAGGACCCAUACAAACGAAAGGCCUUAUCCAUGCCCGCAUUGCAGUAGCAAAUUCAAAGAUAGUACAGGCCUUAAACGACACGUGGGUCGAGUUCAUUCCGAAUCUUCGUCAAAAGUCAAAAAUGAACGAAUUUUAGAAGAAGGAGAAACUUCCGAAAGUCAAAAUUAAAUAAAAAAAAAUUACGGAACAUUUUUUUGUUUAUUCCAGAUAAUAGAUAGUGUAUACACAAUGGUCACUUAUUGAAUAUAUAUUCAUUAUAAUAAACAUAGUGAUAUCUAAGCUACAAUCUAAUAAGUCAAUAUUUCUUAAUUUUAUUUUUUCAUAUCCUUUUUUGUUUGUUUAUUGUUUAUUUUUUUUUUAAUAAAUCUAA